AUGAAGCUCAAGCAGCGACUGCUCGUGCACGACAACUCGACGACGAGAUUCGCCAAAUGCAAGAGCAAGCUCAACGCGACGCGCAACCCGCCAGGACACCCGCCUGGGAAUCCCCCGGGAAACCCGCCAGGCUACCCGCCGUAUGUCCCACCCACCCCGACCCGAUCUUCAUCCAGCUCCGACUGGAACCUCAAGUGCAAGGAAUUUUCAGGUCAAGAGACGUACCCCGGCCUCGGCAGCGACUUUCCAUCUUGGCUCCGCUCGUUCGAAGACGCCAUUGCUCACAACAAGGCGUGCCGCACGUUUGGCUACUACGACCUCGUCAUUCGGCUCGGACGCACCUUCAAGUCGCUUCUCUCGCCAAACCAGGCUGCCGAACUCCUCAAGGCUCCCAAACCCGUAUCGACGUCGUGGCUCGCUCACCUACGGUUUUACCGUCACGUCCAACGGCAGUUCCAGCUCCCGGUUCCCAUGGUCAUCCGUUACUUUGUAAACCAUGCGUGCCCCGAGCGAGCAGAAACAAUGAAGCUGGCCCUCGGCUUUGACAAUGAGUGGAACGAUUUCCGGAAGCUCAACAACGUCAUCACGUACCUCACGCACGAAGUCGGAACCGGCGUGGGCUACAAGACGCCCAAGCAUGCGCAUACCCAUUUCACCACACCUACCCCGCGCAAUCGCGGCAGCCGCGGCGGUGGCGGCGACGACGACAAGCCGUCGGACACGUCUCCAACGCCAUCGAAUCCUCGACAAAUGUGCGCCUCCAUGGAAGCCGAGUACAUCGGCGCAUGCACCGGCACGCAAGAAGCCCUCUGGAUCAAGCAACUACUCAAUGAGAUCAAGAUGAUCAAGACCAAGGAGCCGGUCAACCUGUGGGUCGACAACCAAAGCGCACUCAAGACGAUGGAAGACCAAGUAUCGUCCACGCGAGCCAAGCACAUCGACAUCAAGUACCAUUUCAUCCGCAACGUUGGCAGUGGGGCGUGCGCAUAG